AUGUUCUAUGCCAUGCUAAUGGACGCCUACCAUAACGAACGCCUCGGGGUCUGCGUCGCCCACAGAAUAGACGACCAAUUCCUAAAUCGUUGGCGGAUGCACUACCAGUUGCGUGUAUCAGCAGCUAUCGUCCAUAAACGUUUCGUUUCCGAUGAUUACGCUCUCAAUGGGGACAUACAAAGGAGCAUGAACCGCUUCUCCGACUGCUACAACUUCGGGCUGAUAAUCGGCACGGAGAAGACGGUGGUCAUGCACCAGCCGCCACCCAACGCAGCCGACAAUGUUCCUCAAUUCAACGUGAGCGACACCCAACUGCAAGCCGUCGACACCUUCACCUACCUGGGCAGCGCCCUCUCUAGCAGCAUUAAAAUCGAUGACGAGAUGGCCCGCUGGAUCUCCAAAGCUAACCAAGCCUUCGGUCGCAUCUAG